CAAAAACUUCCCCCAUCCACGCACACAAAUAAAUUCAGCCAAGCUUACUGUUGAAGACUUAACUAUCUUUAUAUGUAACAUGGGUGGAAAUGGUGAAUAUAAUGUCCUAAAACUGAUUUCAUUACCGUAUUUUGGAAUGUUUAUCGUACAUGAGGACCCGGCCCACCCCCGGCAGCCAGUCCGUCACCUGUGUCCGCCCCCGCACGCCCUGACACACCACGCCCCUCCUCCUCCUCCCGCGCCGGGUUUGAGGACACAUACGGUGGCUCACACACACACAGCCCACUAAAACACUUAAGAAGAAGUCCUCAGCAGGUGUCGGUGGUGUGAGGGGCGCCGAGGCCACGAGGGACAGGUGGAGACUGGAGAGUGCCGAGGCAUUUCCUUUCCCCGGGGCGGCCAGCUGACGGCGGUGGUGGCGUGGUGACGUGGUGGUUGCUCCUCAGUGCACGCCGCAGCCAUGGACGCCUCAGCACGUGUGGCCAUCCUCUCCGCUGCCCGGACCCCCAUUGGUUCCUUCAAUGGGGCACUGUCUUCAAUGGCGGCCCAUGAACUGGGUUCUGUGGUGGUACGGGAAGCCUUGGCAAGGGCAGGGGUUCCUGCUGCAGAAGUGUCGGAGGUGCUGCUCGGACAGGUCCUGACGGCAGGCCAGGGACAGAACCCAGCAAGACAGGCAGCCAUGGGGGCAGGUGUGCCCUAUUCUGUGCCAGCAACCAAUAUAAACAUGCUGUGUGGCUCAGGUCUCAGAUCAGUGGCUAUGGGUUACCAAGCAAUCAAAAUGGGGGAUGCAUCAGUAGUAGUGUGUGGGGGUCAGGAGAGCAUGAGCAGCGCUCCCCAUGCAAUGCAUAUGCGCAGUGGCACUAAGAUGGGUCCAGCCACCCUGGUGGACACCAUGGUGCUUGAUGGACUCACAGAUGCUUUCCAUAACUGUCAUAUGGGAAUUACAGCUGAAAACAUUGUUAAGAGAUGGAAUAUAACAAGAGCUGACCAGGAUUCUUUUGCUCUUAAAUCUCAGGAGAAAGUAGAGGCAUCUCAAAAGAGUGGAUACUUUGACCAGGAAAUAGUCCCUGUCAUGGUGCCAGGGAGAAAGGGGCCCACAGAGGUGAAAAUGGAUGAGUACCCUCGUGCUGGCACUACAGUAGAGACUUUAGCUAAGUUGAAGCCAUGUUUUAUCACUGAUGGAUCCGGUUCAGUCACAGCUGGGAACUCUUCUGGGAUCAAUGAUGGAGCAGCUGCUUUGGUUUUGAUGAAGGAGAGUGGGGCAAAACAGAAAGGUCUCCAGCCAUUGGCCUAUGUGGUGGCAUGGGCACAGGCUGGGGUGGAUCCAUCCAUCAUGGGCACAGGCCCUAUUCCAGCUGUGAGAGCAGCCUUGAAGAAGGCUGAAUGGACCACUGAUCAAGUGGACUUGUGGGAGCUGAAUGAGGCCUUUGCAGCACAGAGUUUGGCUGUUAUCUCUGAACUUGGCCUUGACCCUGAAAAAGUAAAUGUCAGUGGUGGUGCCAUAGCCUUAGGCCACCCCAUCGGAGCUUCAGGUGCGCGGGUGCUGGUGACGUUGGUACAUGCCAUGGCUCGCCUGGACAAGAAGCGGGGUGUUGCAGCUCUCUGUGUUGGCGGUGGCAUGGGCAUUGCACUGUGUGUUGCUCGACCCUGAUGACAGCAGUGCCUCUAGCUUUUCAUUGUACUGAUGAAUCUCAGGUACAUGUCAAUGGGUUUGAAAUGGUUCUUCCAUGUCACACGUAGUUUUAAGUGAGGUAAAGAAGCUCAAAUAUAGUGCCUUGUAUUAUUAUGUUAUAAAAAUUGAAAAUUAUUUGUAGCAAGUCGUGGUUACUAUAUAAUAUUUAGGUACAGUAUCCUUGGUAUAUCAAGGGUUGAUCACUGUUGUUGGUGGUGGCAAUUUAUAUAAGUUGAGUUCUGCAGCACAGCUAAAGUGGAGGUUAUAGAAUCAACUUUAAUCAUUCCAGGAUGUCUUGUCGUUUGUUUUACCUCAUGGUAAAUAGUUUCUAAUAUAUUUUCAGUUUCAGGUUGGUGAUGAUUUUAUUCAGGAAAAACAAACUCUAGAAAAGUAUCUUAUUGUUUAGUUUAUUGCAGACUUCUGAGCAAAAUUUGUGGGGAUUUUAUAUUUUAAGAUAUUUUGAAGUUUAUUGACAUUUCAUUCUGGUUACUUACCUGCUUUCCUAACAGAUAUCUACUAUCUUGCUAGUUCUGGCUUGUACGGGUCAAUAAGUAUUCCAACAGAUCUGGCUCAUAACAGGUGAGUGUUGUUUCCCCAUUGCGCUGAGAACAAAUUCUGAUUUCCUUUAUUUAAUAUGUCUAGUUUCCUUUACCAGAAUAAAACAGAAAACCACAGAAAAAUUGCAGUAAAUAACAGAAAACCAUGCGAAGGAGGGUGGAGUGAUAUGGUGUGCACCUUAGAGGAAUUAUUUGUCAGCUGCAAGGUGAAAACUAGCACUUUUAUUGAAAAUGGGCACAGAAUAGUUUUAUCCAGGGAACUUUUAUGAAAUUUAAGUGAUGUGCAGCAAGAGUGCAAUAUUUAAGGAGCCCUUAAUCCCUGUUAUCCCUUCACUUAACCCGGCAGUGUCGGCGGACCCCGUUUUGGGCUCCCGCGAGUUGGUCCGCUGAAACGGCGGACCCCAUUUGGGGCUCGGCUCAAAAUCCCUAAUUCAAGCUAAUUGUAGGUGGUGGCAGCAUAGAGCAACCCACGAUGCAUGCCCUGGGUCAUUGUGGUGGGUGAGUGAUCUUGAGGUGGGCUUAUUUGUCAUAGGUGGUGCUGUAAGGUCAUGGCAGACUGAAUUAGCUAUCCAUACGGUGUUCAAUUGCCAAAUUCUCUAAAGUAGACAACAACCAACUCUCGGCUAGAUACCACGAGUCAUGAGACUUUAUUUUGUAACAAACACCACCCAAAAAGAAUGGAGUUUGAGUAAAAGUAAAUAUUUUUAACGGCUUUAUGGUUAUGAGAGGAGUACUCUGAUAUACGUUCCAUGCUCUUUUCUUAGUCUCAAAAUGCAGUGUAAUGUUGAUGUUUCUUGGCCACUUCUCAGCUUUCCCAUAGCCGAAGUCCACGGGAUAAUACUGCCAAGCCAUUAACAAAAUUAAAGCACGUUUACGGUGCCAGUGAAGUGCUUGCCAGCUUCUGGCCCGGCAAAAGCCAUGAAAUUACCAUUGUAAGCUUCACAUCAUUUACUUGUUUUAGAGGUUAGCUUUUGGAGGUUGUGAAACACAUAAUAAUUUUUUAACUACUUAAUUUUAGAUCACUUGGAACUUUUUUUUUAGGGUAUCAUUAACUAAAUAUGUGAUAGUUAUGGUGUUAUGGUGCUAAAAACAAAGCCAUGAUGUGCAUUAGCAUUUUCAUACCUAAAUAUUGUUAAAGUUUUUUGUUAUAAAUAACUUUUAUGAAUCCAAUAUUGUUAAGUUUUGUUACAGCUGCAAAAAAAUAUCUUUUGAAUUCAACACGUGUUGUCAACAACAUAUUGCCACCUGGAACUCUGACCUUAAUAUUGUUCGUUGUUGCUGUCUGUGGCAAUUUUUUUAAAUAACUCCAGAAGUUGUGGCUAUAAAUCAAGGCAGCUAAAAUUAACUUUAAUAAGGAUAGUAAUUUAAAAUUUGUCCUCCUUGGGAGGGUCUGCACAGACCUGGGUGAAAUGUGAUGGGUUAUGGAUAGUAGGCUAAGAUAAGGAGGAAAACAAAGACCAUAAUUAUUUUUAUGUUCUUCAGCCUUUAGCGCUGGUAGGCUUUCACUAUGUGGUUUGUUGCUCAGCCUCAGCCCAUUAGUGGUGGAGGCAAGCGUUUUAUAGUGGUGCCAUUCUUGCUUGACUCAUGGUGUUCCCUGGAGCUUAACUUGAUCCUCUUCAGAGUUUUGGUAGAGUCCAGGUUGAUAGGAGAUCAUCAGGACAGCAUGUGAGUGGCUUGUAUUUGGUUACUCAACAAUGACUGAAAAUUGUCAGGAAUUGGACCCACAUUUAAUUACUUUGGAAUCUGGGUGCACUGUCAACUAAGCCCAUAGAAUGUUUAACCCCU